GUCAGGUGGUCCGGGAGAAGAUGCCAGCCAUCCUGGUGGCAUCAAAGAUGAAGUCAGGACUCCCCAAACCCAAACCGGUGCACAGCGCCCUGCCCAUCCCCCAGACCCACAGCAAGCCCUCAGCGAUAGGUCUGACCUCGACACCACACAAGACCCACAUCCCCUCCAGGGGCCAGCAGGUGGGCGCAGGACCCCCGAGGAGCAUCACACGAGGGUUUGAGGAUGGAGAAGACACUCAGAUCUACACGGACUGGGCCAACCACUACCUUGCCAAGUCAGGAAACAAGCGUCUGAUCAAGGACCUGCAAACAGACGUCGCAGAUGGAGUGCUGCUGGCUGAGAUCAUCCAGGUCGUAGCCAAUGAGAAGAUUGACGAUAUCAAUGGCUGUCCCAAGAGCCGGACUCAGAUGAUUGAGAACAUCGAUGCCUGCCUCAGUUUCCUGGCAGCCAAAGGAGUCAACAUCCAGGGUCUGUCUUCAGAGGAGAUUCGGAAUGGUAAUCUGAAAGCCAUCCUCGGCCUCUUCUUCAGCUUGUCCCGCUACAAGCAGCAGCAGCAGCAGGCCCAGAGGCAGAACCCGCAGUCCUCCUAUCCCCCCACCGCCCAGCCCCAGGGCGCCCACCCCCCCCUGAGCCAGCAGAGCAGCGCCCCGGCCCUGCUCAGCCACUCUACGCAUGGGACUGCUGCCCUCGCAGCCCAGAAAGCAGCACAGGCCGAGAUGCAGUCCAGGGAUGGCUCUAAACUGCUCAAGUUUUCCCUUGGUCAGAAAAAGACCUCUAGACUUCCUGGCCCCUCAGCGCGGGUGUCCACUGCUGGCGGUGACAUCCCCACCAGAGGCUCGGUCAGUGCUGCUGGGAACAGACGCAGCCAGGGCUUCAGCGACAAGACCAAAGCCAACCUGAACAAAGAUUCCUCAGAGGGCAUGACCUCACUGCCUUCGGUGAUGACUGAGCAUGCUCCGUCAUCUGCAGUGACCAUCAGCUCCUCCACCAGCAUCCCCACUGCUACCUCCGCCCAGAUUCCUCUCCCAUCUUCCUCGUCGUCCUCCUCCACGGCCAUUCCCCAGCCCAACAGCAAUAGCAAACCCUGGAGGAGCAAGUCGGUGAGCUCCAAGCACAUCUCCACUUCUUCAUCCUCCAUCAGCACCGCCGCGUCUGCCAUGCAGUCUGUCAUGCAGUCUGCCAAACAGGACAAGGACUCCUCCUGUAAGGCCGAUGCUCCUCCUAAAGUUGUCGCUCAGAAAUCAAUGCUGGAGAAGCUAAAGCUUUUCAACAGUAAAGGAAGCUCCAAAUCCUCCGCCUCCUCCUCCAAUGGAGCAGGGGCCCAGGCAGAGAACGCUGCCCUAGCCAGGCAGCUCGCAGCGGCUCAGUUGGAGAGGUCAGAAACCGGCUCCAACACCGACCCCCUGGAGGAAGUCGAUGGCAACGUCCGGCCGGGAAUGAACGGGACCAGCAACGGGACGGCCUACGGAGCAGCUCCAUCAGCAGCUACAACUGUCUCCACAUCCGCCAGCAGCCCCAAAAUGGCCUUGAGGGGCAUCGCCCAGCGCACUUUCAGCAGAGCUCUGACUGCCAAGAAGAGCUCUGUCAAAAGCACAGAGAAGGACAAAGACAAAGGGAAGGAGAAGGAGAAGGAGAAGGGGAAGGAGGUGGGGAAACGCAUCUCAGCCCCCGACAGGACGGAGCUCAGGGGAGACGAGCUUAAGGAGGAAGCAGCACCAGUAACUGCAGACACAGACGGCUCAAACAAAAGGACCUCUAAAAUCACCAGCUUCAUACCCAAGGGGGGUAAAGUGUCCAAAAAGGAGAGUUCCACCCCUGCACACAGCGGAAUACCAAAGCCAGGAGGCAAAGCCCCGGGAGUCGGGGGGAAAGCCUCCUCAGUGAAGGAGGAGAGGCCCCGGAGCAUGCGGUUAGGAGGGGGCCUCGCCAUGCACCGAGGGCCCCUGGACAGGGACAGCAGACACUCCAGCUCUACCUCCAGCCUGGCCUCCACAGAGGGGAAGGCCUGCGCCUCCUCUGGGGCGGGGGGAGGCUCCACACAGAGCACAGCCAGCAACACCAUCAGCGUGCAGCUACCUCAGACUCAACAGCACCACAGCCACCCCAACACGGCCACCGUCGCACCUUUCAUGUACAGAUCGCAAACAGACGGCUUGGAUACGGAGGACACUGAGAGCGGCUCAGGAGGAAGAGGAGGAGACAUUUCCUUCACCAAGAGCAGCCAGCUGUCCAUCGAGGACCUUUCAGGUGAAGACCCAGAGACGAGACGGUUGCGUACAGUCAAGAACAUCGCCGACCUGCGGCAAAACCUGGAGGAGACCAUGUCCAGCUUACGAGGAACUCAGGUCUCACACAGCACCUUGGAAACCACCUUUGACGGCAACGUCACCACAGACAUCAGCAGCAGCAGCGGAGGGGGCAGCGCCGUCAGCAACAGCAGCGGAGCAGGGAGUCGGAGCAUCCUCAGCAUCACUUCUUCCCGUCCCUCUCUGUCGUCAUGGCGCCUGGGCCAGUCAAGCCCUCGUCUGCAGGCGGGCGACGCCCCUUCUUUGGGGAACAGUUACGGUGGCGGCCGGGUGGCUGGGAGCCAGGGAGGACGCUACCUUUACCCAGGAAACCUCAGGCGGCAGCUGGCAGGAAGGGGAGGGGCCAUUCACAGCGUGGAGCUCGGGGACAGAGCCGGGGAGGACACGGACCUGGACAGCAUCGCCGUGGACGUCACUGGGUACAUGAGCGAUGGAGACGUGCUGACCAAGAACGCUGCACGCACUGAUGAUGUCGCCAGCGGCUACAUGACUGACGGAGGUUUGGGUAUGUACACGCGGCGCCUGAACCGUCUGCCCGACAGCAUGGCCGCCGUCAGAGAGACACUGCAUCGAAACACGUCGUCAGGACAGGGAGAUGCUGACAGCUGGGAUGACAGCAGCUCUGUGAGCAGUGGCAUCAGUGACAACAUCGACACAGAUGACAUCAACACCAGCUCCUCCAUCUCCUCCUACGCAAACACACCCGCUGCAAAACGCAAGGGCCUCAACACCAAGCCUGUGACAGAUGCAGAGAAGCACUCUGCCUCCACAGCGGUGCACCCGGCCUGGUCAGGAGACGAGGUGAAGAGGCCAGACGGCGGGUCAGACAGCGGGGUCAGGAUGGAGCCGGGCUCCAAGUGGAGCCGCCGGAACCCCUCCGACAUCUCAGACGAGUCGGACAAGGGCAGCUCGGGGAGGAAGACCCCCUCUGUGUCCCACACAGGCUCCUGGAGGAGAGGCAUGAGCACUCAGGUGGGGGUGACGUCCCCCCGGACUAAAAGCAACAGUAGCACAGGCUCCACAAGCUCGGGUGGCCUCAAGACCCACAGUUCAGCAAAGACAGAUGACGUGAAGGUGUCAGAAAAGGGUCGCCUCUCUCCUCGUUCCAACGGCCUACACCGCUCGCCCUCAGACGCAGGGCGCAGCAGCGGCGACGAGGCAAAGAAACAAUCCAUCCCCACCAGCCGCACGUCCACGUCAAACGCCCUCACACACACUGUUUCAGACCCCCACUCCCAGACACAUGCCCACACCUCGCGCACCCCUACCAGCACCUUCGGCUUCAAGAAGCAGGGCCACGGGAUGGUAACCAUCGUUACUGCCAGCGGCGCCACCAUCACAAGUGGCUCGGCUACCCUUGGGAAGAUGCCCAAAUCUGGAGCACGCUCACUCGCAGGAGGGUUGAAGGUCGGUGGGCACGAUGGCGGGUCUGUAUUGGGUCACCACGACGACGGUUUCCUCCCCAUGAGUGCCCGCUCUACACUUCAGUACCGCAGCCUGCCAAGACCCAGCCGCUCUGGAGCCACAGCGCGCAACGGAAACCGCUCCUCCACCAGCAGCAUUGAGGCCGCCGUGCUGUCAGUUACGACUCAUGGGAAAAACUCAAUGGGCCUGACAAAGGCCAACGGCACAGGAGGCCUGCUGGCCAAUCAGACGGACCGGGAGAAGGGCGUGUCGGAGAUUGACAACCUGAGGAGCGGAGUCGUGAUGCAGAGUGGAGGAGCAGCGACUGUUCCUCUGACAGGAAGACAGCAGGUUUCCUCACCUACACUGCGCAGAUUGUUUGGUGGGAAGCCCAGCAACAAGUCUCCGGUCACCACGACUGAAAACAUGAAGAACUCCACUGUUAUCUCCAACCCCCACGCCACCAUGAACCACGUGGGCACGGUGCUGGAGUCCCCCGACGGAGGGCUGGGAGGCGUGGACAGCGAGACCAGCAGCCCCAUGUUUGGAGGCAGACUGCAUGGGAUAGGGAUGGGGACGCUGGGCAGCGAGCAGGCCUCCAGCCCUGGCUCAGUUUACUCCUCCACCGGCCCCUCAAACAGCCUAACGUGGGGCAGCUCCUCCGCCCAGAGCAGGGAGAGCACGCUGGGGGGACACGGGGGGGCCAGCAGCAUGGGAUACCCCUCCGUCAGCAGCAUGCACACCAGCAGCGAGUCUAUCGACAUGAGCCUGGGCAGCGCCAGCCACGGGACCCACAGGGAGGACACGCUGUCCGCGCUGGGCCGCACAGGCAGCGUCAAGACCGGCAUGUCUGAGAGUCCCCUGUCCUCCCCCUCCGCUAGCCCUUUAUUCAGCCGAAACACGCUCCCUCGGAGGCAGGACAGCGGGACACACUGUGGUAGAAACACUCUGCCUAAGAAAGGACUCAGGUAUGGCCCAUCCACGCAGCUGCGAAGCCACGAGGAGGCCCGUGAUUGGCUGCGCUCCCACUCCACCAGCGGGCUGCAGGAAUCAGUCGGCAACUCCCCGUUCUCCCCCAGCUCCAGCCUCACCUCCCCCUCCGGCACUCGCUUCAACUUCGGACAGCUCGCAUCCAGCCCCACCUCAGCAGCUCAGAUCAACCUCGCCAGUCUGCGCAACAACAGCCUGACCAAUCAUGAAGUCUCCUUUGACCCCAGCAGCGAUAACCGCCUGAGGAACUCGUGCAUGUCUCUUGACGAGAAGACGCGCACCAUGAGCAGGUCGGGCUCCUUCAGGGACGGCUUCGAGGAAGUUCAUGGAUCAUCCCUGUCUCUGGUCUCCAGCACUUCCUCCAUUUACUCUACAAAUGAGGAGAAGUCUCAGUCGGAGAUCCGCAAAUUGCGUCGGGAGCUGGACGCCUCCCAGGAUAAGGUUUCCGCCCUGACGACGCAGCUCAGCGCCAACGCUCACCUGGUGGCAGCGUUUGAACAGAGUCUUGGGAACAUGACCAUCAGACUGAAGAGUCUCACCUUAACAGCAGAGCAGAAGGACUCUGAGCUGAACGAGUUGAAGAAGACCAUCGAGCUGCUGAAGAAACAGAAUGCUGUGGCUCAGGCCGCCAUCAACGGAGUCAUCAACACACCUGAACUCACACACAGAGGGGACAGGACAGCGGGCGGUACCGGCGGCUCCCCUCAGCAGCAUCAGCAGCCGGACCUCCGCAUCAGGAGGCAGCACUCCUCGGACAGCGUCAGCAGCGUCGCCAGCGCCACCAGCCACUCCAGCGUGGGCUCCAACCUGGACACAGACGCAAUAAACAAGAAGAAGAACAAGAAGAACUGGCUUCGAAGCUCCUUCAAACAAGCGUUCAGCAAGAAGAAAUCUCCCAAGUCGGCCUCUUCCCACUCCGACAUCGAGGAGAUGACGGACUCGUCGCUGCCCUCCUCCCCCAAGCUGCCCCGCAACGGCAGCACAGCCUCCGGCCACAUGCUCAGGAACACACACUCCAACUCGCUAUUGUCGGAGUGUUUGGACAGCGAGGCGGAGACGGUGAUGCAGCUGCGCAGCGAGCUCAGGGAGAAGGAGAUGAAGCUGACGGAUAUCCGCCUGGAGGCUCUCAGCUCCGCACAUCAGCUGGACCAGCUCCGAGAGGCCAUGAACCGCAUGCAGCUGCAGAUCGAGAAGCUGAAGGUGGAGAAUGACCGUCUGAAGGUGGAGAAUAAGGGCAGCAGGAUGGGCUCCCAGGCCUCCAUCUCUUCCUCCCCUCCCUCUCACAAACAUAGCCACGCCCAGGGAGGGGGGCCGGGCCUCCCCCAGCACAGCCUCAACCUCACCACCAGCGAGUCCACCAGCCUGGACAUGCUGCUGGACGACACCUGCGGAGAGGGGGGGUCGAGGAAGGAGGGGCGGCACGUGAAGAUGGUGGUCAGCCUGGACGAGCAGGAGGGCCCGCUUCGCCAUUUUCUGAUCGGCUGCAUCGGUGUGAGUGGUAAAACCAAGUGGGACGUCCUGGAUGGAGUGGUCCGACGGCUUUUCAAGGAGUACAUCACCCAUGUGGACCCGUUGAGCCAGCUGGGCCUGAGCUCUGACAGCGUGGAGGGGUACAACAUCGGAGAGAUCCACCGGCCCAGCCUGGCCCGUGCUGCACACACCCCCGAGCUGCUGCCCUGCGGAUACCUGGUGGGGGACAGCAACACCAUCAACAUCCAGCUCAGAGGUGUGAGGAGUGAGAGUGUGGACUCGCUGGUGUUCGACACUCUGAUCCCGAAGCCCAUGCUGCAGCGCUACGUCUCCCUGCUGAAGGAGCACCGGCGCGUCAUCCUGUCGGGCCCCAGCGGAACAGGGAAGACCUACCUGGCCAAUCAGCUGUCUCGACACCUGCUGCUGCUGGAGGGCCGACCCCUGACCCCGCACGCUGUCGUCACUUUCAACGUGGACCACAAGUCCAGCAAGGAGCUGCGUCAGUACCUGUCUGGUUUGGCCGAGCAGUGCAGCGGUGUGGGGGGUGUGGAAGGCCCUCUGGUGGUCAUCCUGGACAACCUGCACCACGUCAGCUCACUGGGAGAGAUCUUCAACGGAGUCUUCAACUGCAACUUCCAGCACUGCCCCUACAUUAUUGGCACCAUGAGCCAGGCUACAUCCUCCGCCCCCAACCUGCAGCUUCACCACAACUUCAGGUGGGUGCUGUGCGCUAACCACGUGGAGCCGGUGAAAGGCUUCCUCGGCCGCUUCCUGAGGCGGAAGCUGAUCGAGACGGAGAUCAGCAGCCGGACGCGCAACAUGGAGCUGGUGAGGAUCAUCGACUGGAUCCCGCGGGUGUGGCACCACCUGAACCGCUUCCUGGAGACGCACAGCUCCUCUGACGUCACCAUCGGACCUCGUCUCUUCCUGUCCUGUCCCAUGGACGUGGAGGGAUCCAGGGUUUGGUUCACUGACCUCUGGAACUACUCCAUCAUCCCCUACAUGCUGGAGGCCGUACGAGAGGGACUGCAGCUGUACGGCCGCAGGGCAGCGUGGGAGGACCCGGCUGCGUUUGUGAUUGACAGCUACCCCUGGUCAGCUUCGUCCACCCCGGCUGAUUGGCCCCCGCUGCUGCAGCUCCGCCCAGAGGACGUGGGCUUCGAUGGAUACUCUGCCCCGAGAGAAGGGGUCCGGAAGGAGCCGCCACAGAGCGACAGCGACGCAGACCCCUUGAUGAACAUGCUGAUGCGUCUGAAGGAGGCGGCGACGUCAUCGAGCCCGCAGAGCUACGACAGCGACUCCAACAGCAACAGCCACCAGGACGACAUCCUGGACACGUCGCUGGAGUCCACCUUGUGAUGCAACACUGGCUUUCAGGAGGAACUUUUUAUAAGAACUGUGAAAACGUAUAUAUCUAAUUUCAUGCCGCAGAAAUCCAGCCACCUUAAUUUGGGUGCAGGUAACCCAAUUAUUAGAAAAGAAGAGAAGAAAAAGGUUUGCAUUUCAGAAAACGGGCAAUGAACAUUUCUGCUGCACUGCGCUGUUAUUUGUAUUUGUAUUUGUUUCACCGCUGUGGCCCGGGGCUCCUCUGUCAGGAGCCUGAGAUCUACUUCAGAAAGACAGAAUAAAAAGCACACAGCCUGCCACUGUUUGUGAGGCGUCAUCAUCACCGUCAUCAGCCAUCAGCAGCCAGGAGUCCUUUAACCCUCUCUGAGCCACAGCAGCAGAUCUUCAGGCGGAGACGCUGCCCAGCCGCAGUGCUCCUCCGCGGCCUGAUGGGGGCGACACAGACCCUUGUUUCUGAGCUACCAGCUGCUGAGAACACAGAGGAGGCGCUGCUGGGAGGAACAGCCAGCAGCUUCCUCCUCUUCCUCUAUGACUGUAGCUGCCUGUGUUAGAGAGUUGGAGGAUAAAUCGAGGCAAAGUGAAUGUUAAGUCCUCACUCAGAGAGAUAUUUAAUUACAUCCUUCAUUUAUCACAGCCACAUUUGAGUUUAAAGAAAUAGUAAUAGCCCAUGAACAUAAGAUGAAAAGCUAUUAGAGAACACUAAUUACAGGUACAUCUGAAGGUUUUUUGAGUUAAAUCUACAAAGGCCUUUGUGGACGUAAAUGAUGUGUUUGUAUGUGCAAAUCCAUGAUACAAACAACGUGACAAGGACGUUUUGCAAAUACUGCUUCACCACCAGAGCGAAGAAUGUGGAAACAUCUUCAAAAUUAAAAAGACAAGCUCAGACAAUUUAAUCAAUAAUACUCACCACAAUCCUUUGAUUUGUUCGCAUGUUGUAAAUGUCCCCUCUGUGGGACUAAUAAAGGUAUUCUAUUUCUGAUGUUCAGCCUGAUAGCUGAGACACUGUUGUUCUACCAGAAAGCAGUGCCUUUGAAAUAGUGCAGAACAACAUACGUAUUAAAUGCAUCAUUUUAUUUGGCCAAAACACAACUAAAACACUACUAACUCCGACAUUUAAAGUCAAGGACAAGAUCUAAUUGAUAAAUUCCCUUUACAAGACUUUCAGGAGGUAAGGGCACUAAUUGGGAAAAUAAAAUUCACCAUGGUUAGAUUUACCCGUUUCGAUCUGUUUUGUAUCUUUCUGUGUAACUUCACAAACAAUGUCUCUACUAUUUAUAAGUCCUUGCUUGGAUCACCUUAUAAUCCUCGGAGAUCUCCAUGCACAUUGGCCCAAACAGGCUGCUGUAGCACAAAGUCUCUUUUCUUGGUGCUGGACUGAAUCCUAACAAACAAUGCCUUACUCUUUUCUAACAGACUACGAGCAUUAGCCGAUCCUUUAUUUGUCUAAAUGGCUGUAAACUCACAGGGCUCCGAGUCGACUCUCCUCGACCUCUCAUCAUAUCAGACACCGAUGCCAUGCGAUUAAGGCGUGAAUGAGAGGCAGUACUUUGGGUUUCAAAAUAAGUCGUAUGCAUGUGUGACCCAGUGCUGUGAAGCUGGUGUAAAUAUUUGGACCACUAGCGAGAAAGAAAAAAUAUAUAGAUGUGUUAUGGUGCUCCAAAUCAGAACGUGUUGCAGGUUGUUUGGGGAAGGGACGUUUAAGACAUGUUGAUUUUAUACCUCAUCCCCAUCCUUUGACUGUGCAGUCUGUUUUAUGUGAUUUGUGAUGAUAAAACUGACAAACAUGUUGAACUAAUUAAGUGAAAACUAGUGUAUGCUGCUUUGUUUAUAGUGAUAUAAUUAAUCUGAAGUAUAAAGGUACUUGUGGUUGGAUGAUAAUGUUAAAACAGUUUGCCAUGUGGCUUAGAAUAUAAAGAAUAUUGUCCUUUUUAUUUGCUUUAAACCCCCCUGACUGCCUUCUGGGAAGGGCAGGCAUACGAUUAAAUCCGGGGUCACGUCGUGUAGCGCGGCUUCCAUCGCGUUCAGUGUUUUUGUCACAGAUCCUAUGCAACACUCAUUCUGAACUCCCAAUGGAAGCCCAAAUCUGAUGCGCUCGAUCCCUACAUUUUCAGCACUGCUGAGACAUACAGCAUGGAACUAUAUUUGUGAGGAUUUGUUCAGAUUUGUGGCCCAUGUUCUUGUCCGGGUGUGUCUGUGUAGCUUUAGACACACUCUGUUAUGGUCCUUGUAAGCACAAAGAGACUGAUUCUCUGUCUGUCUUCAGUAGAGCCUGAGGAGUGUGGAUGUUGUCCAAGCAUUUGACCAGUCUGUCAGUUUAUUACUCACAAACUCAAUGAAUGUUUAGCCUUCUUUGCUAUGUACAUUUUUUGAUAUGUAACAUAAUUUUGUAAAUAGAUGAUUAUCUCGCAGCAUUUUGAUGACUUUUUUCUAGCUGAUUUGUUACAGUACUUGAAAAGGAGUAUUUUGUGUACAGUGUCUUUACACCAGAGCAGAUUGAUGCCAUUUGUCAUCGCUGGUCUGUCCUGGGCUCACUGUACUAGUCUUAAGUUAUUGUGAUUUAAUAAAAGUAAUGAUUAUUUAUGAUUGAA